AUGCAAUCCAUGCUUUCGAUCCUUCUCCUCUUGCUCGCCAACACGACUGCCGGCGAGGGCUUCGUAGUCAUCACCAUCGAUCACCCCGAGGACGCCAACAUUAUUAUAUAUUCCGAUGGCCACGCAGUCUACAACAAUGCCUCCAUACUGAACAGCCCUACCUGGGACGAGUACCCUCGCGCCGCCGACGCAUCCUUUGUUAUCGACCAGCUGAGCAACGCGACCGCCAUGGCAGAGCUGCUUCCCCAGCGUGGGCCCCGACCGUUCCCGACCAACCGCGUCGCCAUGCUGGGCCACUCCGUGGGCGGCGCCUCCGCCAUCGUCGCCGCCAGCCGGGACCCUCGCAUUCGCGGCGCGAUCAAUUGGGAUGGCUCCAUCUUCGGAUCGCCGCCCCUAUCGGGGCUGUCCCAGCCAGUGCUAUUCAUGAGCCAUAAGAACACUACCGAUCCCACCUGGUUGGCGGCGUGGCCGCAGCUGAAGGGGGCGAAGCUGGUCGUCCACGUCGCGAAUACGACCCACGAAACCUUCACGGACGUGGCCACGCUGUUCCAGGCGGCUGGGCAGAGCACAGCGCCAUUCGCGGAUCUGCUGGGCACGAUUGCGCCGGCCGAGAUGAUACGAAUCCUGACAGCGUAUACGACCGCAUGGAUGAACAGGGCGUUCACAGGCAAGGAAGGUGGGGCGCUGCUGCAAGGGCAGGAGCCGAGCAAUUUUCCUGAGGUCUCAAUUAUGAUGAAAGACAAUUUUUAA